GAGGAGUUUGCCAGCCGUCAGUCGGCUUUCCUUUGCAAGCAAACACACCAUUUAUUUUUGUUUCCUUAUUUCACAGCGAUAGUCACAUCUGGAAAGGUGGCGAACAAGUGGGCGAGGAAAGGGAACCGCAGCCUUGGAGCAAGGGCUAGUAGCAGCCAUGGGCAGGUGCGCUAAGAUGGCAAAAAUGCCGAUGGAGUGGUUUGUUCAGCGUUGCCAGCCUCUCCUCGCGGCGUCUGGCUCGGCGUUGCGCCAGGGAUACUUGACUUUGCCGCUGGUUAUGAGCUUCUCUUUGCUAAUGUACCCAGUGCUGAGAACCCUUGUCCUCCAUUUGCACUCUGCUGUUACUGGUAGCUAUAUUCCUGGAUCUCAUUCAAUUGCACUCGUCAAUUGCCCCAACGAACAGACUGCGAGAGACAUUGCAAGGGCAAUUAUGGAGAGAAAAUUGGCUGCUUGCGUGAAUAUCCUCCCCAAGGCCUCAUCCAUGUAUACUUGGAAUGGAGAGAUAGAGGAAACUACAGAGAUACUUCUGCUGAUGAAAACAAGGACUUCCAAAAUCAAUGAGUUGUCAGAAUAUAUCAGCUCUUUGCAUCCAUUCGCAAUCCCCGAAUUUAUCAGCCUGCUCAUUGACCAGGGAAACCCGGCCUAUUUAAAAUGGAUGGAGGAGAGUAUCCCGUAUGAUUAGCCAUCAUCAUCCAGAAGAUGCUUCUGGACAGACUUUCCCAAAGGACUUGUGGAUAUUGCCAGCUACCAUAGCAUGACAGUCCUCUCUUUUCGCAAACAUGGUCAAGGUGGAUAAAGCAACUGAGAAUGCUCCGUUAGUGGUUCUGAGUUGCAUGAGAGCAGGAUCCUCUCUGGAAGAAACAGGAUCUUUGUGUUGCAACUUGCUCAGUCUUGCAGUUUUGGUUAAACAUUUUGUGGCUAUAAUUCUCCAAAGAAAGUAGCUGUACAAGAAGCAAAGUCUGAAAUGUCUCCUAACAUCCAGACAGGCUUACACAGUUGCCUCUCUCACAUUUUCGCUGGUAUUUCAGAAACCAAGAAAAUGGAGUUUUAAGGAAUUCAGUGAACAAGAAGUAGCAGUGUGAGCCAACCCUAAGAUUUGGUUUGGACCCUGAUUGGGUGCUUCGGAAAACAGCUCAGUCUGAGACACUUCAUGGGUUGCCCAAUUUGGCUUGGGAGGUGCGCAAGUCUCCUUCAUUUUCACCCACUCCAUUCACUAUUUCGGGGUGGCAGGCGAGGGGAGGCUAUAACUUUCUUCGCUUUUUUGCAAAAGUGGGUGAAAUUUACAGGCAUUGCAAUGGAUCAUUUACAAGCACUGCAAUGCCAAAUUACAAGUAAAGAGGUCAAAGGGCUUUUGUACUAGACACUGUUAGAGACUGACUUUUAAAAACAAACAGAAACACCUAUAAUUUCUUAUUUUGGGGAGAACAGAGUGAAAUUUGCGGCCAUGGUAAUCCCUUGUGAGUGUAUGACACUUACGCAGAAGUGGUUUUCCUGCAAGGACAGCUGCCAUAGGUUGGGGGGGGGGUGUAAAAAAGGAAUCAAGACCCUGAUGUUGAAGGAGAAGGGGAUGACAGAGGACGAGAUGGUUG